UCCUUUUAAAAAAUCAAUGACUCAAUCUUGCAGGAGAGAAAAACAAAACAAAACAAAACAAAUUUUUGUUUGUUUUUAAUCAAAAUUCGUAAUUUGAAUCAGAAAUUAUCGUUAAAAAUGUCAUCAUCAAUGGAUUCUUUUGCCGGUCUAGGUGGUGGUGGAGAAUGUUCGAAUGAAAAUAGUGAACCAAUGGAAAUUCAAGAUUCAGCAGCCGGAUCAAUUGCAAAUGAAACAACAACCGAUGAUAAAGAUAAUAUCGAUCCAUCAGAUGAUCAAACAUCAACAGAUAUUUUAAAUGAUCCAAUCUUCUCGACAGCUGGCCAACAAUUGAUUGAUUUUCUACAAUAUUUAGAAGAUUAUCAACCAACCAUACCAGAUUCCGUAACAAGUCAUAUAAUGCAUCAAUCUGGUUUCAAUACUAAUGAUACAAGAAUAUUACGCUUGGCAUCGUUGGCAAGUCAAAAAUUCAUUGCUGAUAUUGCAAAUGAUGCAUUACAACAUUGUAAAAUGCGUACAACAGCAUUAUCACAGAAUAAAAAACAAUCAAAAGAUAAACGUUAUACAUUAACAUUUGAAGAUCUGGUUCCAGUAUUGAAUGAAUAUGGAAUUAAUAUUAAAAAACCACAAUAUUUUUUCUAAGGAAAACAGCAGCAAAAAAAUAACCCUCAAGUAAUCAACUCAAAUAAAUAAUCUUAUUCUGUCUUUAUUCCAAUUUUAGUUUCAUUU